CAGGCCAGUAAAAAAACACUCGGUUUUAAGUAAUAAACAUGGAAACAUUUAGUUCUCGUCGAUCACCUGUUAUUUCUACUAACGGUAGUGUGGCAUCAACUCAACCACUCGCGUCGCAAAUUGGAAUUGAUAUAUUAAAAGCUGGAGGCAAUGCUGCUGAUGCUGCAGUGGCUGUUGCUGCCGCCCUCAACGUAACCGAACCAUGUUCUACCGGUAUUGGAGGCGACUGCUUCUGUCUUUUUUUCGAUGCAGCAACCAAGCGUGUACUUGGGUUGAAUGGGAGUGGCAGAGCAGCUUCAAGAUUGACUCUAGAUUUGCUAAAAGAACAAGGUUUUGAUGAAAGUCAUCCAUUACCCUCAAUGCACGCACACAACGUUACCGUACCAGGAGCAGCGGCUGGAUGGUGUGACACUAUCGAGUCAUUUGGCAGUGGAAAGUUAUCAAUGGCAGAGAUUCUAAAACCAGCAACUCGGCUUGCCGAAAAUGGAUUCCCAUUGCAUCCAAUAGCAGCGUACUACUGGAAGAGGGAAUCUGAAAAGUUACUAAGGGAAGGAAACAAACACGGAAAAGAUCUGUUAAUUGACGGAAAACCACCAAAAGCCGGACAAAUCAUGAAAAUGCCAUUUCUUGCACAGACUUUUAAGGAGAUAAGCAAUAAAGGAAAGAGUGGAUUUUAUGAAGGAAGAAUUGCAGAGGCCAUUGUGAGUGUAGUGAGGGAGAAUGGAGGAUUGCUGUCAUUGGAGGAUCUUUCACACCAUAUAAGUACAAUAGUUGAACCAAUCUACGUGGACUACAAAGGUCAACGGGUUUGGGAGAUUCCACCAAAUGGUCAAGGAAUAACAGCCCUCAUUGCACUCAACAUACUAGAACAAUUUAAACUUGCAGAAAUGGGUCACAACUCAGCACAGUAUUUGCACACAUUAAUUGAGGCACUGCGUCUAGCUUUUGCUGACAGUCUGUGGUAUUGUGCCGAUCCUGGUAUAGUGAAUGUUCCUAUCAGUCAACUCCUCAGCAAAGGCUAUGCUAAACAAAGAUGCAACAUUAUUCAUUCUAAAAGACGAAAUGACAGUAUACAACAUGGAGGUCCAUUUUCCAGCAGCGAUACAGUAUACUUCUCCGUAGUUGAUGGCAGUGGAAAUGCUUGUUCUUUUAUUAAUAGUAAUUACAUGGGAUUUGGAACUGGUUUAGUCCCUGCUGGCUGUGGAUUCACAUUACAGAAUCGUGGUGCUAAUUUCUCCCUGAAUCCUGACCAUCCUAAUGCACUAGCUCCGGGCAAACGACCUUACCAUACAAUCAUACCUGCCAUGGUAACUGAUGCCAAGACUGGUGACCUCUUAAUGAGCUAUGGAGUGAUGGGAGGAUUCAUGCAACCACAGGGCCAUGUACAAGUGUUAUUGAAUAUGUCAGAAUUCAAUAUGGACCCUCAGCAUGCUUUGGAUCAACCCCGCUUCUGUAUCGGACCUGGACAUGAGGGCGCUGUUGGAGCAGUAGCCAUUGAAGAUGGAAUACCAGAAUCGGUUAUCAAGGAGUUAGAGUCAAUGGGUCAUGAUUUGCAGGGGCCAGUCAAAGGUUCUGGGAGAAGUAUUUUUGGACGUGGGCAAGUUAUUACUAUUGGCAACUGGUGGGCUGACGAUGCGGAGAGGAAUUCUGAUGUUGUCCUCUGGGGUGGUUCUGAUCCCAGGGGAGAUGGAGCAGCAAUUGGAUACUAGUGAAAUAUUUCUAAAUAUAUAUUAUA